AUGCACACUCGCACGUACGCCAUGAGGCAGAACUCCUAUUUCCGCCCCGACGAGUGGAACUUCUUGCUCGCCGCUGUUCUCGACCAGGAGGUUCAAGAGUAUCUCGACAAAGGCAGUUACACCAAGGCUCGCGCCUUACUGUCCGCCCGCUUCCAGGAGCACUUCACUAGUCCUAGUGCGGGUGAGACAGAGGAGGCGUUCAAACAACGCCUUCGCUUUGCCAAGAAGGGCCGCAAGGGCGACAUAGUGCGCAUCCGCGCCGAAAGCCAGGAAGAGUGGGACGCACGCAUGCAGCAGCUCAACAAUCAACUCAAGUCUUGGCUUUACAACUACCGGGCCAAGUGUCGUCGCGCGGGAGUCAAACGCUGGGUCGCUCCGCCUGUCCCUCCCAUCCGGCGUCACCGCAAGCGUGCCCUUAAAGCAUUCGACAUGUUCUGCAAGAGCGACACCGCCCCCAAGGGGGCAGACUUCGUCACCAACAAGGGGCAGCGUUUCGAUCUCUCCAGGCUCCAGGCCGCUCGCAAGGCCGCUUGGGAUCAUCUCUCCGACGAGGACAAGGAGGUAUUCCAAAGGGCUGUCGCCGAAACGCUCCGUGAGGCCGAUGUUCUGCCUGAACUCGUGGAGAUUGAGGGCUCGAACGCUCCAGUUGCGUAUGCCGAAGACAUUGCAGCCCACGUUGACGACUUCUUCGAGGGCUUGCAUGAGGAUGUCAAAUGGGGUGGUUUUGCUAUGUUUGGCGGACCAGACCACGAUGGGGAAGCCCGCAUUCACUUCACUCACGCGGGGACCAACCGAAACGGCCAGUCUUUCAUGGACGCCUUACUUCAGUGGCUGGGAUUGACCCAACUCGAGUUCGAGACUGUUUUCUCCCUCUGGGUCGAGCAGUCCCGCCAAGGUCCGCAGGCCAAUGACGAGCACGUUUUUGCCGAAAGCGCACGUCGUGCUAUAGAACAUUGCCGCGCUCAAGCCGCGGCUACGCACACUGGCAACACCUCUCUCGAAGCGUUCGGUGUGCUCGACCGUGGCGACAAGUUUGCAGCGGAUGACGGUCUCGUCAACGCCCUAAAGGCCCUCUCGUUGGCUAUACAGCAGCGCCCCGAUGGGGCGGUGAUAGAUACAGCGUCCUCGUACGAACCGUCCUGCGUCGCUGCUCUUCCGUCAAGUCCCACCGACACCCAUGAGCACGACCGCGACGAAGACGUUGGGCCUCCUGUGGCGACUGCGAGCGACGAUUACGACUUGGAUUGCCAAUUCGCUAUAGCUCAGGCUCUUCAGGCCAGCGAGGAACAGCUUAUGGACUGGCAGGCCGAAGAAAUGCGAGUUGACGAGCAGAUCGCCCCGCCGCCAGGAGCUUCUGUAGAGACCACGGAGCCUGCUUAUUCGAGCAAGGCCACGGAAGUUCCCGGAGAGGCCACGGAAGCUGAAGCUCCUGCUCGUAUCAAAACCGCGAAGGGCUCCAGGACGAAGCAGGUCAAACAACCUGGUAUGAGCGGUGUUCCGAUGCCGGGGGCCUGCGGUCAACCGGUCGUGUUGCGUGAGAUGCGUGCACGCAUUCCGAAGCCCUCGCGUCAGGAGACACAAGACGGGACCAUCCCGAUGGUCGCUAAGCCUCGCGCUUGA